GAAAUUUAUGCUACUUUGAAACGAGUAAUAGCUUACUACCUACCCUCGUUCUGAACCAUAAGCCAGCUGCGUCACCAACUACUUGCACUAUACGGCCUGCUGGCAAACACGUCGCAGGCGCUGAAGCCCAUUAUCCUCUUUCACCCAGUUUAUCUCUUCUUGCCUCGGUAAGCACUGUAUGAGAGCUUGCAGCUUCUGGACUUCAAGCGGUCGCAAUCGUCUUGGAAGCGAUACCGAGAUUUGCCUUGAGCAUAAGGGGCAUGUCAGCAAGUUGGCGUGAGCAGUCCGCUGCAGUCAACUCAGACGGCGUAUCCACAGUUCUAGGCAACCUGGAAGCACGGGCGCUUCAAUCCUCUACCUCAUGUACCCCCAGCGAUGGCUCCGCUGAAACACACGUCGUAAGCGAGACAGCCGCGCCGUGCGAAGCUCGGGUGCACGGGGUUACUCAGGAGGGCCACGACCAUUGGGAGGAGAAUACGGCGGAGGCCUACAGCCCUUGCAGCUUCGAGUUUGUGCGGUCUCGCUGUGAGGCAGCAGCACAGACGUGGAUGCCAUACCACGAAUGGGCAACGCAGCGACGACCCUUCAAGCUGCCCCCCGGCCUUCCCAGGGCCCCUCGGCAAGCUGACAUGGAAUCCUUGCUUUCCCCUGAGGCAUCGCUCGGCGUUGGUUGUACGACAAUUGGGUGCAGCGACGACGAUCUCGAUGAGGAGUGGGACGCCUGGUUCAGCCGCAACGUCGAGAACGGGAACUUCUCAGCAUCUUGGCUUGGUACAACUACCCCCAAAACGACGAGCCCGUCCACAGACGCUGCAUGCAUACCAGCAGGCGCGCCACUGACUGACAAGGACGAGUCCUCCUCUGAUGCAAGCUCUGAAGGCGACGCAGAGGAUGACUGCGUGCCCGUUACAGCACCUUCAUCACCACCACGAGCAGCAGCAGUAACAGCAGUAGCCGUGCCCACAGGCAUGACUAGUGCUUUCGCGCAGGGCUGCCCGCGCUCCUGCUUCGCAGAUGCCGCACCCCUGUCGCCGCCAAGUUACAGCCGCUUUGCUGUAGCCCUUGUCCACAGCAGCGCAGCAGCCAGCGACGACGAUGGCAGCAGCAGCGAGCCUUCAAGCCCGUUAAGUCCCGCUGACUCGGAUUGUCGUACAGAUAUGGAGGAAUGCAGCCGUUACAGCAGCAGCCGCAGCAGCAGCAGCUCCAGUCUGACGACCAUGGGCAGCGGCGGUUGCUGCUGCGGCGACGAUGCCAUGCAGGAGGGAGGGGAGGAUGCCGAGAACCUUUUUGGGUCAGGACCAGGGGCCAUGGACGCUGGUGAGGAUCCUGUUUGUGGCUACCUUUCUGCCUGUUGUAGCUCGGGAUCCGGCUCCGACGCAGCGGCGCAGGCUGCUGUGGCACCGUCGCUGCUGCCAACGGUGACGCGCUGUGCUGCGGCUUCGGCGCCGGUGGAGGUUAUGGAUUGCGGCGACUGGGAACGGCAGGUGGAGGUCAAGCUCACGUGCGCUGCGCCUGCGUUUGUUGGGGCGUUUGCCAGCGAGGCCUUGUGUCCCCCUUGGCUGGCGCCUCGCCUGGAGAGGAUGCUGCUUGAGGUGGUUGUGGAGGCGCUCUGGGGGCCGGAUGCAUGCUGAGGGUUGCUGCGGUUGGCCAUGGGUUGGUUGCUUAGCUUAUCACGGAUUUAAUUUAGAGGAGGAUUUGCGGGUUCUACGCCCUGCCGCCGGUUUUAAUCGCUGCCCUUGCUGCCGGUUUUUGUUAGUUUGCUAAGAAUCGUUGCAUUAUAGCUUUGUAGGUGCUAGGUAGCUAGCUGCAUAUCGGCCAAAUAAAGUAGACCGUUAAGGAGCAUGUUAGGAGACCGUCAUACACAGGAAAGUGCCUAACCUUGACUGUGUGGCCCUGAAUCCUUGACCUUUACGUUUGAAUAUAGGGUGACAGGCCCGACGGCUAUGCUAGGUGGCUUACCUGUUUGCAACAGUUUUGACUAUGCUGUCCAAUAUGGCGGCAUUGGUUGCAUUGACAGUACGAUGACAAGCUGGCUGUUCAGGAUCUUUUGAACGCUUUCGUGCUUCAGUGGGGCAUUCAAACCAUGUGGCUGUGUUGCUUGUCAGUCAGUUUUAUGCUUUGGUGUUUCACAUUUUACAUCAGCUGCCUUUCAUGCUAUCCCUGCUGUGGAUAGGGAAAGUUGGUCCUUAACGCCCAUAGUAUGCAAGUUAAGGUUGAAAAAACGGCAAGAGUUUUGGUCGUGUGGCGAGCUGUGGAGUUAACUGUCGGUGUUUCGGUCUGCAAUGCUGACGAGUGGGCCUUUGCAUCUGCCAAGCCCUAUGCAUUCCUUCCGGACGCCGUAAGGCGAAUGACACGGUUUUGUGGUCGUGCAUUGAGUGGCUUAUAGAGGGGUGCAGGUGUACUGCAAGCUUUAUCACACAUCGCUUUGCAUGCGCUGGCUUUAUUUCUAGUAGGAGAUGUGCGUUUCAGCCGAGCUUUCGC